AUGGAGAAGUCGUGCACGCUCUUGGUGCAUUUUGACAAAGCAAGCCCGUCUUUGGCAAAUGAAAUCAAAGAGGCAUUGGAGGGUCAAGACACGGAGAGGAAGCAGGAUGCGAUGAAGAAGGCCAUCAUGCUGUUGCUCAACAACGAACAGAUCCCUCAACUCUUCAUCACCAUCGUCCGAUACGUUCUGCCGUCCGAGGACCACACGAUCCAGAAGCUCCUACUGCUGUACCUCGAGAUUAUCGACAAGACGGAUUCCGCGGGGAAGAUUCUGCCUGAAAUGAUUCUCAUCUGCCAGAACCUGCGCAACAACCUGCAGCAUCCGAACGAGUACAUCCGCGGUGUGACGCUGCGAUUCCUCUGCCGACUCCAGGAGACGGAGCUCAUCGAGCCUCUCAUUCCGUCCAUCCUGCUGAAUCUGGAGCACCGGCAUCCGUUCGUCCGUCGCAACGCCAUCCUGGCGGUGAUGAGCAUCUUCAAGCUGCCCAACGGCGACCACCUGCUGCAGGACUCGGGCGAGAUGAUCGAGAAGCUCAUCACCAACGAGCAGGACCUCUCGGCCAAGCGCAACGCCUUCCUCAUGCUCGAGAACUGCGCUCAGGAUCGCGCGGUGCACUACCUGCUGAGCAACCUGGACAACGUGCCGCUGUGGGGCGACAUCCUGCAGAUGGUGGUGUUGGAGCUUAUCCGCAAGGUGUGCCGCACCAACCCCGCGGAGAAGGCCAAGUACAUCAAGAUCAUCCUCUCCCUCAUGUCCUCGCCCUCCUCCGCCGUCGUCUACGAGUGCGCUGGCACGCUCAUCGCGCUCUCCUCCGCGCCCACCGCCAUCCGCGCGGCCGCGAACUGCUACUGCCAGCUGCUGCUGUCGCAGUCGGACAACAACGUGAAGCUGAUCGUGCUGGACCGGCUGCAGGAGCUGAAGAGCAAGCACCGCGAGGUGAUGGUGGACAUGGUCAUGGACGUGCUGCGCGCGCUCACCAGCCCCAACCUCGACAUCCGCCGCAAGACGCUUGACAUCGCGCUGGACCUCAUCACGCCGCGCAACAUCGACGAGGUGGUCAUGACGCUGAAGAAGGAGGUGGUGAAGACGCAGGGCACGGACGUGGAGAAGGGCGGCGAGUACCGCCAGAUGCUCGUGCAGGCCAUCCACACGUGCGCCGUCAAGUUCCCUGACGUCGCGUCCUCCGUCGUGCACCUGCUCAUGGACUUCCUCGGCGAUCAGAACGUGGCGUCGGCGCUGGACGUGGCGUUCUUUGUGCGCGAGAUCAUCGAGACCAACCCGCGCCUGCGCGAGUCCAUCAUCUCGCGCCUGCUCGACACCUUCUACCAGAUCCGCUCCUCCCGCGUCGCCUCCUGCGCGCUCUGGAUCGUGGGCGAGUUCGCGCAGACGCUCCCCGAGGCGCAGCACGCCAUGGCGACCAUCAAGCAGUCGCUGGGCGACCUGCCCUUCUACACCACCGCCUCCGCUGACGCCGACGCCGAAGCUGAGGCCGCCAAGCCCGUCGCCCCAGGCGUCACCGCGGUUCCCCCCCCGCCUGUCACCACCACGUCUAAGCGCCCCGCAGUGCUGGCGGACGGCACGUACGCCACGCAGAGCGCGGCGUCGGAAGUGAGCUCUGCGCCCACGGCCGUGGUGGCGGCGGCAGGAAACGCGGCAGCGAACCUGCGGUCGCUGCUGCUGGCAGGGGACUUCUUCCUGGGGAGCGUGGUGGGCACGGCGCUGACGAAGCUGGUGCUGCGCCUGGAGCAGCUGAUGACGGACAAGGCGGAGGUGAACGCCGUGACCGUGGACGCCAUGCUGUACCUCGUGGGAAUCCUGCGCCUGGGGCAGUCGUCCGCGCUGCCACAGCCCAUUGACGACGACUCGUACGACCGCAUUGCGCUCUGCCUGCGCAUCCUCGCGCGCCCCUCGGACGUGAUGCGGCGCGUGUGGCUGGCGUACUGCCGGCAGUCGUUUGGCAAGAUGAUCAGCGAGAAGGUGACGCGCGAGAGCGAGGAGAGCAAGGCCAAUUUGGCGCUGGCGGUGGCACAACCCGACGACCUCAUUGACUUCUACCACCUCAAGAGCCGCAAGGGCAUGUCGCAGCUGGAGCUGGAGGACGCGGUGGCCAACGACCUCAAGCGCGCCACCGGCGAGUACGGCCGCGACGAGGCCGCAGGCGGCGGGCGCAAACUGAACCGCGUGCUGCAGCUGACGGGGUUCAGCGACCCCGUGUACGCGGAGGCGUAUGUGACGGUGCACCAGUACGACAUCGUGCUGGACGUCACCGUGGUCAACCGCACGCGCGAGACGCUGCAGAACCUGUGCCUGGAGCUGGCCACCAUGGGCGACCUCAAGCUCGUGGAGCGGCCUCAGAACUACACGCUGGCGCCCGACAGCAGCAAGCUCAUUCGCGCCAACAUCAAGGUGUCGUCGACGGAGACGGGGGUGAUCUUUGGCAACAUAGUGUACGAGAGCACGAGUGUGCUGGACCGCAACGUGGUGGUGCUGUCAGACAUCCACAUCGACAUCAUGGACUACAUCUCCCCCGCCUCCUGCGCUGACGUCGCCUUCCGCAACAUGUGGGCCGAGUUCGAGUGGGAAAACAAGGUGGCGGUGAACACGAGCAUUGGGGACACCAAUGAGUUCCUUCAGCACAUUGUUGCAUCUACCAACAUGAAGUGCCUCACCCCGCCGUCCCAGCUGGCGGGUGACUGUGGGUUCCUGGCAGCCAACCUAUACGCCAAGAGCGUGUUUGGGGAGGAUGCGCUGGUGAAUGUGAGUGUGGAGAAGCAGAGUGACGACCGUCACAUCGGAUUCCUAAGCUCGAGAAGAGGCCGUCUAUCCAGAAUCGCUGUAGUGAUUAUGGCUCACGCCAUGGCGUCGCCAGUCGCAGCGUCCAUCUCCACUGCCAGGCUAGCGCAGCCAACAGCGUCGCUAUCGGCGUCGCCCUCGUGGCAGCAACCCUUCGUGGGCCUUCAGUCGCAAUCGUCUUCCGUGGCGUCGUUGCGUGGCGGUGCGCGUUCUCUCUCCGACCGCCUCUUCCACACUGUCGCCGCCGCCACCUCCGCCGCUCGUCCCGCUGGCGCGGGGCGGCGAGCGCGCGUGGUGAUGAUGCCGAUCGGCACGCCCAAGGUGCCGUACCGCACGCCCGGCGAGGGCGGGUGGCAGUGGGUCGACAUCUGGAACGUGCUGUACCGGGAGCGGAUCAUAUUCAUAGGGCAGUUCAUGGACGAGGAGUACACGAACCAGGUGCUGGCCACCAUGCUGUACCUCGACAGCAUCGACUCCAACAAGCCCAUGUACAUGUACAUCAACAGCCCGGGGGGCGAGUUGACGCCCACGCUGGCCCUGUACGACACCAUUCGCUCCAUCAAGUCCCCGGUGGGCACGCUGGCUCUCGGCUACGCCUACAACAACGCCGGCUUCCUCCUUGCUGCCGGCACCAAGGGUCUGCGUGUGGCCAUGCCCAUGACCCGAGUGGCUCUGCAAUCGCCUGCAGGAGCUGCCCGUGGCCAGGCGGAUGACAUUCAGAACGAGGCAAGGGAGCUGUCUCGGGUUCGCACGUACGUGUUUGGGGAGCUCGCUAAAAUGUCAGGCCAGCCUGUGGAGAAGGUGACCAAGGACCUGUCACGGAUAAAGCGGUUCAGUGCGCAGGAGGCGCUGGACUACGGCCUCAUCGACCGCAUUGUCAGGCCGCGCCGAGUCAAAGCUGACGCAGCCUCCCGCCAGCCCAUCGGCGCCGGCCUAGGCUGA